AUGAAUAAGGGUUUGACUCUUUCAUUCUCCAAGCAGUCAACUAAAUAAGACCUAGAUUAAUCCACAAUUCAAGAAAAUUCUCCAAUAUUAUUGUUUCUCGAAAAAUAAAAAAAAAGAAAUAUCUUUUACAUAAGCUUUAAAGUUGUAGCCGUAUAGGUUUAACUAAAUCAUGCAUAUUAUUUAAUUGAAGUUAAUGAAUAUGGAAAAAAGUGGGUCAUGAGGAUUCGUUAUAGUUAGUUAUAAUAAUUGAACAAAAACUUGUGCAAACUCUAUCGGAUUAAACUCACUCUUUCAUCCAACUUUGUAUUUAAUAGAUUGAGACCUGAAUACCUGAAAAAAAGAGCAAUCAAAAUUUAAUCAUUUUUAAAUGAAAUAGGGGUGUAAAUUAGUAAAAUAUAAAUUAAGGAAUUUUAUGAUUCUGAAUUCUUUCCAUUGCUAAUAGUUUUUAUAAGAGUAAAAAUGCCUGGGAAAGAUCCUGAUAGAUUACACCGAAGAAGAGACCCUUUAAUUAGAAUGAUGAGUAGUUAUAAUUAAAUUAAGAAAUACUCUCUCUAUUAUGAACUAUCCCUUUUCCAAUAUGUCUUUUUGCUAUAAGAAAGAUAAUCCAUUAAAUAUUUAUUGAGUUGA